AUGAAAAAUUCGGAUGCGUAUCUCUAUGGCAACGAUUUGGACUGCAAUCGAUGCGGGAAGAGGUUCAAAAGGCGGAAAGAUCUCAAUUACCACAUACGUCAUUUGUGCGGUAUACGUGGUAUACAAUGUCCUUAUUGCAACAAAUGUUACACGUAUUCGUCCAACGUCAAGUAUCAUAUAAGCCGUAAUUACCAAGGGGAACGUUACGUGAAGUGGAACAACAUGGGGUAUGUCGGUUAUACGUCGGAGAAAAACUACUUGGACAGGUAUAGAUAUCACCCGAACGAGCGUAAAAGGUUCGAAUGUCUCAACUGCGGAUGUCGUUUCACCCAGAAGACAACCAUGACCAGGCAUUUGCGCUACUUUUGCGGACAGGGGCAUCGUUACCAGUGCCCUUACUGCGAGAUGAAAGCCUCGUGCUCCUCCAAUAUUUACAGACACGUGAGAUCGAGACACGCCGGAUACAAAGCUCACGCCAUAAAACUCUUCUCCUCGAUCAAUCCCCGUAGAAACUUAGAAACCAUGUAA